ACAUGAACCCGGAAAAAGGAAGUCAAAUAAAGAAAAGAUGUUUAGCAGUUAAUUAGCACUUGUGUGUGAAGGAGAACUCCAGCGUUGAAACGUAAAUUCGCGUUGUGCUUUGGAAUAAGCAGGUCGCUAAAGCAGGCAUGUGAAACGAACUGAUAAUUGAUAGGCAUUGCCAGUAAUGCCCGGUUCGCAGAAGUGACAGCUCGUCUCACGUUGUGAGUUGGUGAAAUCUGCAAAUCGAAGCAUCCGUAAUGCCUGCCUGUGUGCUGUUUGAAACACUGUGAUGCUGAACAGUUAGAAAGGGAGCUUUUGCUAAGUCUGCAGUGACUGGGUGUACAGAUCUAAUUAUAGUAAUAUCUAAUAAACAGUUUGUUAUUUUUCAAUGUUAGGGGCGAGAAUGAGGGUUCAAUGGCAGGCAACCAAACACCUCUUCCUGUUUGGUGAAAUGAAUCAACGUUGACAACCAAAUGGCAUCAAAUAAUAAAGACUCAAUAACCUGGUAUCAGAAAAAGAUUGGCGCUUAUGACCAACAGAUAUGGGAGAGAACCAUAGAGCCGCAAAGUGUGAUCAAGGGUUUUAGAAACAAACCAAAAAAGACAGUCUGCUUAAAACCUGACCUGAUUGAUGUUGACUUGGUUAGAGGCUCCGCAUUUGGAAAGGCCAAGCCGGAGCGUCCCUGGACCGCACUGACCAGGAAAGGGAUCGUGAGGGUGCUGUUCUUCCCCUUCUUCUUCCACUGGUGGAUACAGGUCACCUCAAAGCACAUCUUCACAUGGCUCCUUGUACUUUACAUCCUGGAAGUUGUGGCUGUUCUGCUUUACAUGCAGGCUCCUCUAGCAAACACCAGCGAGCUCCUUGGACCCAUGUUCCUUAUGCUUCUUCUGGGAACAGUCCACUGCCAGAUAGUGUCCACCCAGUCCUUCAAAACUCCACGGACCAGCGGAGCCAGGCGGAGAAGGAAGCUGCGGAAGUCUGCGAGCGGGGAUGCCUUCAGGGAAGCGGGGGGCUCCAGUGGUGCUGGUAGAAAGCACCGUGGAGGAGGCCCUGCUGAAGUGGCCUCACCGAUCAGUGGUUUCUGCAGAGACUCCAGGGCCUGGUUCUUUUCAAAUGGGACAAGGGCAGGAAAGAAUUCUGAUAAAACAGAAACUGAUGAUAGCCUGGGCUCUCAAGUGAGCAUCAAGUCUGACCUGAAGGAGAGGAAGCUGGGAGAGAACAAGAGGCUUUCCACUAGAGAGAAGAGCCAGGGUGGUUCGAGGGGAGCCGUCACUGGUGCCUCUGAUGAGCUGUCCAGUGAGGAGGACAGCGAGGCCAAGGCCCAGAUGUCCCUGUUGAGGCGCAGUGUGGAAGGAGCCUCGGCUGACGGCUUCUUGAGGAGCAGGACUCCACGUACAAGUCAGGCCUGCCAGGAGAAAUCAAGAGCUCCCAGAUGGGGUCCAGUGGAGUCUGACAGCCCUGCUGACUUGGAACAGGACCCUGCAGUGCACAGCCUGGAGUACCGGUCCGGUAUGAUCGGCAGUUCCCACAGUGCAUCCCAGCUCGACUCGGAGAGCUCGCACCAGGGAUCGGAGACAGACGACACGCUGUGGGAGGAGCUGCUCCACGGGCCGCAGUGUCUGUCCUCCUACUCCAGUGGCAGCGAGGGAGAGGGAGAGCAGAGCCUACCUUCCACCAGCAGGAGAGGCUCCAAGGAGAAUGUCUUCCAGCAGAACCCCUUAUUCUGGCUGCAGAACCGCAGCCCCUCCUCCGAGAGAGUGAGCUCCAUUAUUUGGGAAGGGAGUGAGUGUAAGAAAGCAGACCUGUCUGUGCUGGAGAUCACUGGGAUCAUCAUGAAUAGGGUCAGUGAGUUUGAGCAGGGGAAGGGAUACCAGAUGUUGGGGAACAUAAUGACGGGGGUCCUGGCUUUGCUUCCCUUCCUUUUCCACAUCGCCCGCCACCUGGACAAACUGACGUCUCUAUCGGCCGCGGAGCUGCUGUCUGUGUCCUGCGGAGCGAGCCCUGAUAAACGAGGCUGCCUCCUGUGCUUUAUUAACUUCAUCGAGCGCCUGUGCUUGACCUGGCUCUUCUUUUUCAUGAUGCGCGUGGCUGAGAGAACCUAUAAGCAGCGUUUUCUUUCUGCCAAACUCUUUAGUCAUCUGACAUCCGCUCGAAAGGCCAAGAAGUUGGAGAUCCCUCAUUUUCGACUGAAGAAGGUGAAGAACAUUCAAAUCUGGCUGUCUCUCCGCUCAUACCUAAAGAGGCGAGGACCCCAGCGCUCUGUUGAUGUAAUCGUGUCCUCUAUUUUCCUCUUGGCUCUUUCCAUUGCUUUCAUCUGCUGUACUCAGCUUCUUCAUGGUCACGACACCUUCCUUGAUUACAUCUACAACUGGGAGCUGCUUACCUGGGGAGGCGCCCUCAUCACCUUCCUGCUGCGUCUAGCCACCCUGGGAUCAGAAACCAAUAAGAAAUACAGCAACGUGUCUGUACUGCUGACUGAACAGAUUAAUUUAUACCUUAAGAUGGAGAAGAAACCCAACAAGAAGGAUCAGCUGUAUGUAGUGAACAACGUUCUGAAACUAGCUACAAAACUCAUGAAAGAGCUGGAUACCCCCUUCAGGCUGUAUGGACUGACGGUGAACCCUCUCAUCUAUAACAUCACCCGUGUGGUUAUUCUGUCCGCAGUGUCGGGGGUUAUAAGCGAGCUGCUUGGGUUUAACAUCAGAUUAUGGAAGAUAAAGCCUUGAUGUGAAACUGCAAAUAAAUUCAUCACCGACUACCUUAGGGACUUGAGUGACAUCCACCCAUAUAUAUAUAUAUAUAUAUAUAUUAUAUAUAAAAAUCUAUCUAUCUCUCCUAUUAUCUGUGAAGCUGGGAUUUGCUGAAAUGUUUAUUCUGCCCACCAGCAAACCAUCUGGAAGUGAGAGUUAGUUUGCUGACAACACGGCAGCUCUGCAUUAUACCUGUUCACCAGGCUGUCAUCAUGCCCAGGUGGUUCCUGUAGAAAUAAAAACCAGGGAACGAAC